AACCACCAAUGACAGAUGAACACGGCAAUGACAAGUCAUUUACGUUUGAAAAGGUUGAAAAUUAUUACGAUGCAGUUCACCUCUGACGAAGCGUACGCCCGAUUAAUCAGCCAUAAUAUGACUGUUCCACAAAGAAUCAAGGCAACUGGAGAUAUAGUGGAUGAUGAUGGUGCACCAAAUGGAUUUGUGACAGGCUGGGAUUACUCUAAUGAAAAAUUUGACAUGAAAGUUCCUGAGAGGAUUCUUGUUGUUGGUCAAGACCAGCACUUAGGUACAAAGGCCACUCCUCGGGAAAUCCAACUGGACAAUGCAGUACUCCCAACUGAUCCAGGAAUGAUCCGUGUCAGCACACCACCACGUGUGAUCACACUUGACCAACACUAUUUCCCAUCAGCUGAUGAUUUUCCACUUGGAGUUCCGAAUUCACCACCAAGAAAUAUUCGAACAUACCGAGCCCCAGGUGAUGGACCUCGAUCCGCACCACAUCCUGACAAUUUCAAUGAGUCUACAAUGACUGAGUCUCGUUUAGUGCUGAGAGAUCCUACCCCACCUAUGGGUAAUGGUGAAGGACUCUCCAUUAGUGAAGAGUUGGUGCAUUUACGGCGACAAAUUGUCAAAAUGAACAGACGUGUCAUGGCUAUAGAGGCUGAACAACUGCAAAGGCAACAAAAGGAGAAGAUUGCAUAUGCAAUUGGGAUUGCAUACCUGUUGUUCAAAGUAAUUGCUUGGCUCAAUAGGUCCUAAUUCUCAAGAAGGAACGAUAAAGUAUAAGAUGAAGUAUAUUGUGUUGUUGACUAUAUGAAAUUUACAGGCGGAGACCAUUUCAUAAACGCAUGUACAGUAGAAAUGCAUCUUUAAUCCUGAUGAUGUAGUGGAUAAUUUUAAACGUUGAAGUGUUAAUUCAAACAUUGAUUUAUUAGCAUUUAGGUAACAUUUUUUUAUACCAUGUACAUUUCUGUAAUUUCUUGUACAGUGAACUGAAAUUUUCAAUAUACAUAGUACUUUCAACUUUUCGUUUACAUUUUAAUGAAUUGUUGAUUUACUGAUGUGACCUCUCUAUAGCAUAGUUAUUAUGGGUCAUUUUUUAUUUAAA